UGAAUAAAAGCUCUAGCUUGAAGAAUCCAUAUUAUAUUAGUUUUGCCAAACACUAGCUUUGUAAACAACCUUUUAUUAUAACCUGAGAGGCUGAGAGGAGGAUCUGCCUUACAUUUGGUUUAAAGCGUUUGCUCUUAAGAGUCUGAUCGGUUGGACAUCUGUCUUUGCCUUGGUGGUGGUGGUGGCAGCUUGGUGUGACUAGUGACUAGCAAGUUAGCGAUGGGACCUGGAGGACCUGGCGGCCCUGGUGGUGGUUGGGGUCCGGGACCUGGAGGACCUGGUGGUGGCUGGGGCCCGGGACCUGGAGGUCCUGGUGGCUGGGGUCCGGGGCCUGGAGGACCUUUCGGUCCAGGUCCUGGUGGCUUUUUUGGUGGCUUAUGCAACAUGUUAUCCUCUUGCUUGUAUUGCCUCUGCUGUUGUUGGUUGUUACAAGACUGCUUCGGCGGACCUCGAGGCCCUUUUGGUCCUUCCGGCGGUCCUCCACGAUUCUAAGCUUUCUGUUUUUGCUGGACAGAGGUGAUUCGCUCGUAUUGAGUGUUGUGUGUCAUCUGCUUAGAACUCUUUCUUAAUCUGACUGUUCUGCAUUUUAUUUUGUUGUUCUAUUUAAUAAGUUCACCUCUGUUUGUACUGGUAUUGAAGCCGGGUUUAUGGCACUGUAAACGGCUCCUUUCUGGUAUUACUGUUCCAAUUGAUGGAGUUUAAUUUCGCUCUCUACCUUUAAGACCAUCUUUUCUUACUGUGAUUCUUUUAUUGUGCCUAUAUUAAGGAUUUUAUCAUUUAUGACCCAUGUGUACAAGUGUGUUUUAAUCUGAUCCUGUUGGAAUGUUGUUCAUGUG